CACCGCGGUCGGUACCUGUUUCGCCGGUCUUCGCGCUGCUUCUCGCGUCUUGUGAAAAUAAAAAACGUUUUUCCUUCGACCACCCUUUCGUCGCGGGUGUCCUGGAUUUUCCGAUUUUCUUCGGUUUCCACCCCGUGUUCCGUGAAAGUUUUGGUCGAGAGGUUUACUACGUCGUCCGAAAGGUCACAGAGUGCGUGUAACUCCGCCGCCGCCGGGCCAUCUGUUCGUCAAAAAACCAUGGAAAAGUCCGGAGACGUGACGACGUGACCCGCCGAAUCCAUUGUCGCCCCAGCUACCAUGUACUCGGCGCGAAAUCGGAACGCCAUGAUCACAGACGAUACUUUUCAAAUACAAGACUGGCUGCGGUCAAACGGUAACCAUGACCGAGGUUACUCGGAGUUUGAUUACCACCAUAGGAUCCGCCCUCUUUCACCAGUUAAGAGGCACCGGAUUUCCACUAUUACCGACGGGAGAGUACCGGACCGCCGAAGACAGCUCAAGUCAAUGGAAUCACUGUUGGGUUUGAGCGAUGAAAACUUAAACGGCAAACAUCUGAAUUCCGAGGCUGUUACGAGAGCGUCCCCGGACGUACAAGACUCUUUAGAUAGAGCUUUAAUGGACUUUGAAGAGACGCUCGAGUUGGCAUUUCAAUCAAACUCUAUCGUUCCGCCACCUAGAGGAUUUUCCAAUCAAAACUUAGUUGAAGGUGAUGAAUCGAAUUUCAAUAAGCUCGAUAGUAGCUUUGAGAGCAAUACAACUGGCAGUAGUGGUUAUUCGACCAAGCCUGAUCAGUCCAUGCAUCGGUCUCCAAACACUUAUAACGAACUCCAACUCAUCAGGGAACAAAUGGUGAAGAGUUUGGAGAUUAUCAAAGAUUUAGAAGAACAAGUUAAACUGGUGCCUAUGCUUAAGGCGCAGGUUUCCUCGUUGAAUUUGGAGAAACAACGCUUAUCCUCAGAAUUAGACAAAUACAAGAAAUCGGAGAGCACAAAUAAAUAUGCAACGAUCGGUGGCGGAUGGUCCCUGUCGGCGUUUCCGACCAACAGGCGCACAGCCGUUUCCACCAAAGAGGUGGGCGUCAACUGUGUGCCCAUGUGCCGGGACGUGGGAGUGACGACACCGUCGGCCACGUCCGUGAACACGUCCACGAUGACGGAACGGCCUCCGUCCGGGGCGGCCGUGCACACCCAGACGGACCCGGCCACCAAGCCGACCACAACGGCGGCGUACACCCAGACCAAGGACGCCGUAAAGCCAGCCACCUCGGUGACGUGCACUCAAACCGCAGCGGUCGCCGACGUCCGGCCGGCCGCCGUGGCGGUGGCCGCGACGCCGGCGCCAACGACGGUAAACGUCGGCACGCAGUCUUCCAGACCGACGGCCGUCAGGACGGUCGCGGUAGGCGUGACGGCUAGGCCGCGGAUGUACGACGCCAGCGUGGUCGCAAAACCGACUCUCAAGCACGUCGGGUGUUCGGUCGACGCGACAACGGACGCGAAACCUGCCGCGGUGCCGCGCGCCACUCAGACGGACGCCAGAGACGAUUGCAGCGGCCGCGAUCGCACCACGCAAACGGAAGUCGCGGCCGUCCGGGUCAAUCCGACUGAGGCCGCGGCGGCCGUUCGAGUCAAUCCGACGGAAGUCGCGGCGGCCGUCCGGGUCAAUCCGACGGAAGCCGCGGCCGCCCGGGCUAAUUACGCGACGAUCGGCCGACGAAGCAAUUCGUUCCAUCAUUACACGGCGGCCGGUGUCGCGGACACGACGUCGCCGCCGGUCACGUCCAAGAUACCGCGCCUCAAGCCCGCCACGCCGGAAUUCAACCGGAAAGUGCUGAACAGACAGGACACGUACACCAAGACCGCGGCCGAGAUCUGCACAGACGAUCAGCAACAGCAACAGUUGUCGCCGCCGCCGCUGCUGCCGCCGCCGGCUGCACGCGUAACCGACGACGUCAGUGCUAAAGAAUCAAUGUCGUCGACACCAGAACUUAAAAAUAGACUCCCAGAAUCUGAUAUGAACUUCCAACCCAUCCAAGACGAAUUAUACAAGGAUAAUCCCAGCAAAGAAAUGAAAGGCGCGUUGAAAGUACUCAACGAUUCUCUGAAGAAAACGUCUGCUACGUUAUUGCCCAGGAACCAAUUGAAACAAGCCAUCGACAUAGUCCGGGAAGAAUGGUUCAAGGUGACGAGCUCGAGCGAUUGUAGUGGUCAACUCGUAAAGAAUUAUGUCAACUGGUUCACUUCAUACUCGCCAGUUUUACUAGAAUUCAUAAUCAAUAUGACAGAUGCUGCGGGCAACACCGUAUUGCAUUAUUCGAUUUCCCACGGAAAUUUUGACGUCGUUUCCACCAUACUGGAUACGGGCGUUUGCAAUGUCAACUUGACUAAUGACGCGGGAUAUUCAAGUGUCAUGCUCGUCUCGUUGGCUGACAUAAAAAAUGACGACGAAAUGAAAAUCAUCACGAGAUUGUUCAAAUGUGGCGAUGUAAACUUGCAAGCUAAAAAACAUGGUCAGACGACAUUAAUGUUGGCAGUUUCACACGGAAAAUCAGAAGUGGUAAAAUUGCUUCUGGAAUGCGGAGCUAACCUCAACGUACAGGAUGAAGAUGGAAGUACUGCCUUAAUGUGUGCGGCCGAACACGGUCUUCAGGAAAUCGUCAAUAUAUUAUUAGCCUGUCCAGAAUGUGAUGUGUCCAUCGCAGAUAACGAUGGAAGUACGGCACUCAGUAUUGCAAUGGAGGCAGGACACAAGGAAAUCGGGAUAGCUCUGUAUGCUAAACAGCACAUAUUAUCCCGAGAUAAUUCGCCGUUCCAUUUAUUGAAAUCGAAGAGGUCUAGAAGCGCGAACACUGUGAUGCCGUCAAGUAAUAAUAUGUCUUAUUCGCAUUUGUCAUUAAAAAAGUCACCAAGUCUGCAACCCAAGGAAUACGCCACGCUGUCUUCCAUGCUGAAAACGCGGACUCCUUAACACGCCAUCAGUAAAAUAAUAAUAUGUUUUUUUAUCAUAGACCAAUGUACCUACGCUUGAAGUUGUUUUUAUUUUUAUAAUAUUAUUGUAUUGCGCCGCACGUGUUUUGCUGUUCUGGCAGUUUAAUAUUAACUAUGUUUUUUUUAUUUUAUAUAAUAACCACGUAAAAAAUAUCAAAAUAUCUAACUGUGAUUAAAAACGGUCACUGAUUAGCAACUAAA